GGACAGGGCUGUGCCCAUACAGCUGGCCUGGCCUCAUGCCUGGGACUUUAGCCCAAGGACAGGGAGACCCAUAAAGCCAGGCCCAGUUCUUAGCCUCACACCUGCCACAAUGAUGCUGCUCAGCCUGACCCUUACCCUGAUCCUGCUCGGCUCCUCCUGGGGCUGCGGCAUUCCUGCCAUCAAACCGACAAUAAGUUUCAGCCAGAGAAUUGUCAACGGGGAGAACGCAGUGCCAGGCUCCUGGCCCUGGCAGGUGUCCCUACAGGACAGGAGCGGCUUCCACUUCUGUGGUGGUUCACUCAUCAGCCAGUCCUGGGUGGUCACUGCUGCCCACUGCAAUGUCAUCCCUGGUCGUCACUUUGUCAUCCUGGGCGAAUAUGACCGAUCAUCCAGCACUGAGCCUUUGCAAGUUCUGUCCAUCUCACAGGCCAUCACACAUCCAUACUGGAACCCCACCACCUUCAACAAUGACCUGACACUACUGAAACUCGCCUCUCCAGCCAAGUACUCGCCACGUGUCUCACCAGUUUGCCUGGCUUCCCCAAAUGAGGUAUUGCCUACAGGCCUCACAUGUGUCACCACUGGCUGGGGCCGUCUCAGUGGCACAGGCAAUGUGACCCCAGCACGCCUGCAGCAGGUGGCCCUGCCUCUGGUCACUGUGAGACAGUGCCAGCAGUAUUGGGGCUCACGUAUCACUGACUCCAUGAUCUGUGCAGGUGGCUCAGGGGCCUCCUCAUGUCAGGGUGACUCUGGAGGUCCUCUUGUCUGUCAGAAAGGGAACACAUGGGUGCUUACAGGCAUUGUCUCCUGGGGCACCAGCAACUGCAAUGUGCGGGCACCGGCCAUGUACACUCGGGUGAGCAAGUUCAGCACUUGGAUCAACCAGGUCACAGCCCACAGCUGAACCUACCCACAGGCCCCUCCCCUCUUAAUCCAAUAAACACCC